GAUAGCGCCCUUUUCCCCGCAGCGCCGUGCAGCUUACGCAGCUCCGCACCCGGGCCACGUGACACGACGAAGCGGCCUCUCUUCUCCUCCUCCUCUCGGUCCUUCCCAGGGUUCAAUGAGCGCUGUGUGGCCCCACCCCGUCUACCUUCAGCGCUGUCUAUCUCUUCAAUAUAGGCUACUAUACUCGGAGAAAGAGAAAACGAGAGAGAAAGGAAGAAAAUAAUAACCUCCAAGAAUUGGUUAUUCCUGUCUUUCACCUUCCACGACAAACUACCAGGAGGGGAGCGGCCUUCGCGGUGGGAAUGUGCUGCUACAACAAACCUUCGCCCUAUUUUUUGUGAAUGUAUAUGCACAUGAAGUCUCAAGCCUGAUGCCAAUUUAUUGACCUCAGAUUCAACAGGAAUAUAUAUGUAUUUUUGCACGAGUCUCUCCAUGAGUACACACAGCUGGCCUUAUGUAGGCUGUAAGAACUGAGCCUAACAGCGGCUUUUUUCACCAGCAAGAAACGUGGCUAAAUUACGAGGGAUUUACACAUCUUGGUCACGUUUACAUUUUUAUUUUCUAUUUUUUUUUUUUUUAAUCUCUCUAAAGAUUGUGUGCUUGAAUGGAUUCGUCUGAGCCGAGCCGGGGAAUUAAAAGAGACUAUCUGUGCGCAGUUUUGGAGGCUCGGUGGUGAUUUGAGAGGCUGAUAACACAUUUUCAGCAACAAAAGCUAGGGGCAGGGAGCGAACGAAGAAGGCCCUUUGGCGGAGAAAACACAGCAAGGAACAGCCAUCACAAAUAAGGAGGACAAUCCGGGGAAACUGGAUCGUGUCGGACUUGUAGGUUGUGGGGGACCUGCCGAGAAGACACCCGCACUGAGUUUGGACCGGUUGAAGGUUGAUUUGUUGCAGCAAAUGAAAAGGAGCCGGAUGACGACGGAAGCAAUGACAGUAUCACACAUGUAGCUCGUUUGGAUGUAAAUGUUAUUUUCUUCUCCCUGUCCUGCUGCCCCCCGACGAAGAAAGACGUCGGGGAGACGGAGUUAUAAAGAAUACUUUAUAUUGGGAUUGUUUAUCAUGCAAGGAGAUGUGGUAACCAGCCGCGCCACAGCACGAGUGAGGUUUUCGGACACGCCGACUUCGGCUCCUUGUCACGGGCAGCAGUGAGACGCAAGACCCGGGCUUUUUGGAGAUGCAAAUUUGGCUGUUUAGUCUGCCUCCGUUUGAGGUGAAACCCCGACUUUUUGGUGUCCUAACAUACGUUGUGGAUUUCGAUUCGCUACAUUGUUAACUUUGCGUGGGCAGAGCAAGUGGGGGAAAGAUAACAAAACUACCCUGCAUGUGAAGGAGGAAAGCCCGAGGAGCAGGAUUCAGCAAACUGAGAAGGCGGCCUCGGUGUCGUCAGCAACAGUAUCCUGCCUUUUCUCUGACAGCAAAAUACGCGUUAUGGACACAUAAUUUCUCCAGUGCUGCACCACGGACAGUUUCUGGAGCAGGCCAGGGACGUUAUAUGGUGUGAAAAGGGGUAAUAUUGUUGCAAAAACCACAUGACCAACGAAGGAUCUAGAUUAGUUUAGUUCAUUUAUUUUUCUUUACACUUACCCCCCUCCACCUCCUCCUCCUCCUCCCCUGGACCCCCUUUUUUCUUUUUUUCUUGCGGGAAGAUGGGUUGUUUGGGCAACAGUAAGACCGAAGACCAGAGAAAUGAGGAGAAGGCACAAAGAGAAGCAAACAAAAAGAUAGAGAAGCAGCUCCAAAAAGACAAACAGAUAUACAGAGCAACACACAGACUACUACUUUUAGGCGCUGGAGAGUCAGGAAAGAGCACUAUAGUAAAACAGAUGAGAAUCCUACAUGUCAAUGGCUUUAAUGCAGAAGAGAAGAAGCAAAAAAUUCAGGACAUCAAAAAUAAUAUCAAAGAAGCUAUCGAGACCAUAGUUACAGCUAUGAGCACCCUGACACCGCCAGUGCAGUUGGCGUGCCCAGAAAACAGGUACCGGAUUGAAUACAUCCUCAACCUCGUCAGCCAGAAGGACUUUGAGUUUCCCUCUGAGUUUUACGACCAUGCAAAGACGCUGUGGCAGGAUGAGGGGGUCAGAGCGUGCUACGAGAGAUCUAACGAGUACCAGCUAAUCGACUGUGCCCAAUACUUUCUAGAUAAGAUCGACAUAGUGAAACAGAGUGACUACACUCCAACAGACCAGGAUUUGCUGCGAUGCAGAGUACUGACUUCAGGAAUCUUUGAAACAAGAUUUCAAGUGGACAAAGUUAAUUUCCAUAUGUUCGAUGUUGGCGGUCAAAGAGAUGAACGCCGUAAAUGGAUUCAGUGCUUUAACGAUGUAACGGCCAUCAUCUUUGUGGUAGCCAGUAGCAGUUACAAUAUGGUGAUCAGAGAGGACAAUCAGACCAACCGUUUACAGGAGGCCCUCAACCUCUUCAAGAACAUCUGGAACAACAGGUGGCUGCGGACCAUAUCUGUCAUCUUGUUCCUCAAUAAACAGGACCUGCUAGCAGAGAAGGUGUUGGCAGGGAAGUCCAAAAUUGAGGAAUACUUUCCUGAAUUUGCUCGCUACACCACACCUGAUGAUGCGACCCCCGAGCCUGGAGAAGACCCUCGUGUAACGAGGGCUAAGUACUUCAUAAGAGAUGAAUUCCUGAGGAUUAGUACUGCAAGUGGUGAUGGAAGGCACUACUGUUACCCCCACUUCACAUGCGCUGUUGACACAGAAAAUAUUCGCAGAGUCUUCAACGACUGUCGGGACAUAAUUCAGCGGAUGCACCUGCGGCAGUAUGAGCUGUUGUGAUGGCAGGAACGUGUUCAGCCAAAAACAAGAAGAAAAACCAUGGGACUAUCAAAAACCCUGGACCCUGUGUCUUUGAACUCCCUCUCCCACCAAAGUGUGUGAGCUCUUGUAAAGGAACAGGGGGCCAAGAUACACACACGCACACACACACACACACAUGCACACGCACGCACACACACACACAGACACACACACAUCAUUCACACGAAUACAGUUACUCUGAACCCAGAACUUCCCCUGAUGUAAACUUUAGAAGACAAAGCUACUUUGAUGGGAGGAUUUGAUGGUCUGGAACAAAUAGACUCUGAUCUGCAUUCAGCCAUACUCCUGGCUCUUCUCCUUACUAUCAUAUAUCAACCCUGAACAUGUUACCUUUGCCUGUCUGUAAACCCUAAGUGGCCCAGUCUAGACUGUAUUUCCCACUUUGAUGAGGGUUUGAGCAGCAGUUGAGAUUUCCCUCUUGUUGAGCUCAUGAUAAAAACUGAGAGCUACUACUUAAGUGCCACUGUUUAAUUACUGCAUAUUGAAAAAAAUAUCAUGUUGGAAUGGAUCAGCUGAACACUGUAUCUAUCACAAGCACUCUGCUCAGGACUUGACUCAAAAAAUCAAGAUUGUAUACCAAUCCAUCUUAUCACUUACACACAUCCAUAAACCUAACCACAGUAUCUGCUUGCACACUGAAAAAUAUCAAACUGCUUUCUAGUAGACUACAAAACUGGGAUGCAUCCAGAAACGUGCUAAUCGACCAUCAAGCAACAGGUACGGUGAGCUCUUUCCGGCACUGCUCUGAGAUUAAACAGACCGAGUGGAUGACUGCACAGCCACGCCCUGAGUAGCAGUGUUACAUGGACUAAACGGACCAAGGGUGUGCUGUGAUCGGUCAAGCUGCCUGGGAUGGGGGUUGACAUAAAAAGGACUGAGCCGACUCCGAUGUGAAUUUCUUGAAAUGAUUGACAGGGGGUCCAUGACAGUCUCUUGACUUCUCAACAGAACUGCUUUGCAACCUGACUUUGCCUUGUUGGUAGUGGAGCAAAAUGUGAGAAGGAUAAAAUGAGUCAAAAACAAAAGCAAACAAAAAUAAGCCAACUUUUAUGGGACUUCAUUAACAGAGGGCAAAAAGCAUCCAUACCGUAUAAGUUAAAGAGAACUCUCAUCCUGUCAUGAUUGACUCUGUUUUACUGUCUCCACAGCUGUUUAUUGUCUGUGUAGACUUUUGUGCCAUUGUGCCCUGUGCGCGCUCUCUCUCUCUCUCUCUCUCUCUCUCUAUCUCUCUCUCUCUCUCUCUCUCUCUCUCUCUCUCUCUCUCUCUCUCUCUCUCUCUCUCUCUCUCUCUCUCUCUCUCUCUCUCUCUCUCUCUCUCUCUCUCUCUCUAUCUAUCUUUACUCUUAAUUCUCUGUCUGUCUCUCAUUAUUCAUCCUUCAUUCAUUCUGGCCUCACUUUGCUCCCCCUUUCCAUUGUUUUCUCAUUCACUCCCACUUCUCCACCCCACCACCAUCUUCCCUCCCUUGCACCUUUACCUUCCUAGCAGUGCUCUUUUGCUAUAGGAGAAAAAUAUAAAUAUAAUAAUUACCCUGAUAUAUAAGAAUGAAGAAGACAACAAAAACAAAUGGGACACUAUUUUUUUUCAUUCCUUUUCUCUUCUCCUACCCAACCUCAAGCUCCUUUGUAUGUGUGUCUUUACUUUAUUGCUGAACUAUUAUUCUUGUACAGACUGUAAAAUGUAUUAUUUUGUACAACUUUAUGAAAAAAAUAACUUUUAGAAGAUCCCUGUGCCUUGAUCACGACUGUACGUGUGUAAUGAGCUAAAGUGGGUGUCAUACUGCGCUGUAUAGCUUGGCCAAUUCCCUCCUAACUUCUUCCCCCCCCCAAACCACUAACUUCUCUAUUUUCUUUGCCCCCCUCCCCCUCCCCCCCACCCGACAGAAGACAACGAUUCGUAGCCUUUGUAGUUUUAUUUCUAUCCCCUACUCUUUCAUUCUCUCUUUAUGAUUUAAAUGUCUAUUUUUGGAUCCAUAUACCCCCCCCCAAAAAAGAUAACUUUAUGAAAUGUAUAUGGGUUUUAAAAAAGUAUUUUAUUAGAAUCACAUGAACCUUGACAAAUUGUACACUUGGUAGUGUGCGUAUUGCUAUAACUUAAAUCCUUUUAACUGAAGUUGUGUUCAGGUUUCUUUCGUUUUCUUCGUCAUCUGCAAAAGACAGUUUGAAGAGUUUUUGAGAUGCAAAACUGCUUGUUUCUAUACAAAUCGUAUCCAUUUGUUUAAAAAAGGCCUAAAAAAAUAAUCACUUUAGUUUCAGAUUAAGGGGGAGGGGUCCUCCUUCCUAGCCUUGCACAGCAGUGGCAGACUGUACAGUAUUAGUAUCUCUCUCAUUUCAGUGCCCUAGUCUUCAUUUAAUGUGUACAUCAAAUAUGGGUCUCAACUUUCUGAACAGAAGCUCUGAGAAAUAAAGGUUUUUUUGAUGCAGACA